AUGGCUGGACCGCAGCGGGGCCCCGGGCGGCUCUGGGCGCUGGGCGGCGCGGCGCUGGGAGCUUGCCUGGCGGGCGUCGCCGCGCAGCUGGUGGAGCCCAGCACGGCCCCACCCAAGCCCAAGCCGCCCCCACUGACCAAGGAGACCGUGGUGUUCUGGGACAUGCGCCUGUGGCACGUGGUGGGCAUCUUUUCGCUCUUCGUGCUGUCCAUCAUCAUUACUCUGUGCUGUGUCUUCAAUUGUCGUGUGCCACGGACCAGGAAGGAGAUCGAAGCUCGGUACCUUCAGCGAAAGGCUGCCAAGAUGUAUACGGACAAACUGGAGACUGUGCCUCCCCUCAACGAGCUCACAGAAAUCCCAGGAGAGGACAAGAAGAAGAAGAAAAAGGACAGUGUGGACACAGUGGCCAUCAAGGUAGAGGAGGAGGAGAAGAACGAGGCAAAGAAGAAGAAAGGAGAGAAGUGAGAGGAGCAUCCUGGAGGGUGGCAUGCCCUAGAACCCAAGUUCAGAGCAAGAUCCAGACAUCUGGACUCCGAGUUCAUCCGCGGACCACAGAGGCUGUGGUCAGAGGGAAGCCGAGGCCACGGUCGUUUUCUCAUGACCCAGCAGGGACCAGACUUCACAGGUGUCUGGAUUUCCAGCCUGGACUCUUGCUCCUUUUAUAACAUCCUCAGGGGAACAUCCCUGUGGCCACUGUCCUGCAGGCAGAGAGUGGCCUCAAACCAUUCUCCCCACCCAGAAACACUUCUGCCCCACCCUUUCUGCCAGGGGCAGCAGCGGCCAUGGAGGUGUCAGGGCUGAAAGGGUUCCUCCUGGGAGGGGGAUGGCGGGACUGAAGGGGUUGAGUAUAGGUCCGUGA